AUGUCUAAAACCGCUCAAGGCAGAAUCACCGGAACAUCUGGUACCCGCUUCACAGCUACCUUUGUCCUUCCUGGAAGCGGCAUGCAGGUCAACUAUCUCGGAAAUUUCAGUUCCAGCAUCCAGACUUUCAACUCGGCAAAUGCCACUUUGAAAUACAAUGCCGACAAUGAGCUCACCGCUACUCGUCAAUUCGACGGCCAGCUCGGGGUCAACAACAUCAAGCUCACGUUGACCAACGGGCCUGUCAUCGAAGGAGUUCUCGACAUGCCUAUUUCUCCUCCCAGCAGCGUCUCUGGAAGCGGUGUCUGGGCCAUCAAUUAG